UUCGGUUUGUUGUCAAACGUCAAAUUUCCAACGGCGAGUGAAAGUGUUUUUGUGAUUUUAAAUUGAGAUUGAAUAAGUUAAAUAUAAGAAUAUUAAACUAAAACGAUAUAAGCGUUAUGGUGGUUGUAUGACUCUGUGUGUAAAGUUUAUUUUUCCAUAUUAAUUAUGGAUCCAUUUACUCAGCGUAUGUUGGAAAGGGCACGGGCUAGGCAAGAGAAAAUCGAUCAGAAAUUAGCUAACUCCGGACAAGCUGUUCCGAAACGCAAACCUUUAGCAGAAAAUGUCAGUCACGUUAAAAAUCACGCUUCACCGAUUAAAUCACCGGUUAAAAACUCGAGAGAAUCCUUAUCUUCACCCAAAAAGACUACACGAGAAGUAGUAAAUUGUGAUACGCCUAUAAUAAAGAAAGUGUUUGAAAAAUCGGAACAACCAAAAUUGUCUUCGCCUCAACGAAAAAACGACUUUAUAGUGACGAAGAAGGAGUUUAAGAGCCCUAAAAGCAGUUUGAAUCGUCGCAACUCUGACGUCUCGGUGGAAAUCAACAUUUCCCAUAGGAAUGAUAUUCAGAUUGAGGUUCAGGUGGAGGAGAGAGAUGCACCAAUCAGUAUCGUUUACAACUCUAGUGAAGGUGGCAAUAAUGUUGUGAUUGAAGAAAUCGAUGAUGACAAUAAGAUAGAGGAGAAAAGAGCAAUUGAAAUGGGAGAUGACAAGAGUCAUAAGGCUGGUCUCCGUGAUAAUGUCAAAUCACGACUGGACAGACUUGCAAACUUAUAUUCAGACAAUCCAACCAUGUCUCCUCCCAUAUACCGCUCUGAGGACUUCAUGCCGUCACCUCCCAAAGACCCUGAGUCUCCAAAAUCAAAGCACGAAGGAAAGAAGAAGUUUGGCCGGCUAGCGGCCCUGGCAGAUCAGAUUAACAACUGGGAAGAUGAUCUUAAGCAUUCUCAUCCACCAGAAACAAAGAAAACUACAUCUCAUCAGUCAAAGAACGAGAAAAUGGAUUCAUCUACUCUGGAUAUGUCCAUACACUCCUUCAAAGACAUCAACAAAGCUUUACAAUCUGCAAAAAGUAACAAGAAUACAAAACAAAUCAACUCACACACAUUUACAAAACCCAAUGUAAAUGAGUGCCAACGGCUGGCGAAAAAAAUUGUCGCUGAUCUGGAGGGCCAGGGGUACCGCCGCGUCUCCGCCAACCAAUCGCGGCUCGUUUACGAUUUCGCCCCGACGCAACACGAACUAAAACGACAGGAGCCGAAGAGUGCAUCGACAACCCCCAGUGCAACUUCAGCCCCCAACAUGGCGACUAUGGUGGCCGCCUCGCCGGCCACUAUCACUAAAAAACCUUCUAUCAAAAAGUACCGGGCGCCGACGCCGCCGAGCAAGAUAAACGACGAGAACUGUGAAAGUGAUAAAGACAAAGAGAACAAUGUGGUCGAACGGGAAGAGAACGACAACAGUGAGUGUGUACAAACAAAAGAUGACAAACCGGCGACGGAGGGUUCGCCGGCUUUCAGGAGAUUCGCGCCGAGGCUGAACGGCAAUGUCGACAGGAGUUCAGUGCUCUCGAAGGCGGCGAUGUUCGAAGCGGGCAGCCCCAGGUCCAAGGAGAAGGACCCCGCGGAAAUGUCGCUGCGCGAGCGAAAAGCGCUCUUCGAGAAGAACAAGGGAGCCGCGAUUGUGCCAAAAGCGCCCUUCGGCCUCGCACCCUCCGUCAAAACACUACACGGAGACGUAAAAGACAAACCAACGAAAGUGGUGCAAAAAACGACAUCAAAAAGCAAUACCCCGGAAAAGAAUUCCAGGACCAAUUCCAAAGACUCGCUAGCGGAAGACAACAUCAGCCAAACAUCAGUAGGAGGGGGCAUUAAAGGAAAACUGGCUGCGCUAUUCAAUAAGGAGCAAACGAUAAGCGAGACGACAAUAUCGAAUAAGUUCAAGCAAGAAAGGGACAAAGAAAUGGAGAUGCUGCAAAACAGAUUCCAUUAUAAGCCCCCACCACCUCAAAAACCAGACAACAAUGUUAACAAUGAGUCUGAUGAAGACCAUAACGAACACGAAUCGGAAAAGGCACCACUUAUGGGAAGCAGCACGAGUCUAUCCCAAGUGUUCAAAAAGCCGGAAAUUAUCUCUAACGUGCCCAAAGUCAAAUUCAAUGAAAAAACAGAACAAAAGGAUGAGAAAGACGUGGAACAUGAAAGAGUUGUUGGCGCCCAACCUGUAAAACGGAGAAGUUCGCAAUCCUCAGACUCACCGGUCGUUUUAUCAGUACUGGACGACGUUAAAAGGAUAAAAGUCAACAACAGUACGAAGGAAAAUGGGACCGUAGUACAGCAACCUACCAGCUUAUACCCACAUCUUUCAGACAUCGAGACCGACAACUCCAAUAACAACCCAGAGGAAUACUCCGAUUGCGGUGGAUCUAGUACGGAGAAUAUACCAGGAAAAUUAAACAAAUCUGACAACUGGGCAGACUCUUCAUUUGGUCGAGAAGUUAUGAAUGUGGUGAAGAAAAACAAUACGAGCUAUAAGAAAGCAGUGCAGAGUGAUUCUGAGGAGUCUGCUUGCGACAGUGAGCUGGAUGACUUGUUGGACGAGGCACUUGAAGUGGAGGGACCCACGCCGCCCAAAGUUAAUAAGGUGACUGAGCACGACAGUCUGUCGUCAUCCAGUUUCGUGUACCAGGAGAAGGGGAAGUUCAAGUCGCCACUGAAGACGCCGAGCCCUGCCCUGACGCCCGCCAGGCCAGACCGCGGGAACGAACUAGUGCACAGCGUCAGCUUCUACAGGCGUAUGCAGGCGGGUUCAACACCAUCCACACCCAUGCGGGUAAUUCGCCACACGUCACCAGAGCGGGAAAUCCCGCCCACGCCAGAGCCCGUAGCGGCCGUCACCACUGUCCGACAGCGGAUAAAGGAACUGCAUAACGAAAUAUCCAAGCAGCAGACUGUUAUAUCACAGGCAAGUCAAGCACUGAAUCUUUGCGCAUCGACGAUAGAGUUCAGUGGAUCGACAGAGCAAGCAGAAGGCGAAAGGCUACUUUUAUUAGCGACUCAUCGUCGUCAGGCGUGCCUCCACGAAGUCCAACGUCUCCAAGUAGAAGGCGCGGGCGCGGCCGCCACGGCGGGCAUGGCCACCUUACACAUGACCAACCUCAGGGUGCCACUCAGGAGAGACUACGUGCGACAGUUGCAUGCAGAUGGCGCCGUAGGACACCACGCAGUGUGUCUCCUCAAGUGCAGAGACCGCGUGCUGGCCACCAGCAUGCAGCUGACUAAGCCCAACGCGCCACUGCACUUCCCUGACGAAAUACGCAUGGACGGCCUCACUAGUGAUUUCAAGGUUACUGUAGAGAUCUAUCUCCUGCAAGCAUCCAAGGAGAUUCUACCCCAUGAUGUUAAAUAUCACAUUUCCAGCAAAAAGGGUAACUCAAAGCUCUUGACUCCAAAGUCGAAGGUAUCAGAACUGAAAGCGCCGCGAGUGCAAAGCCCGGCCGGACCACACUCAGUGCGCAGCCCGCAGUUCCAACUUCACGGAUACUGCAUAUUCGCCCUGCCGCAGGCCACUCGCAAGAGUUUCACUCUUAAUAAGGUCCCACACGGCAGUCCCCUAGAAGGUUCCAUAAACGUGGACAUCAAAGCCCGAGUAGUGGUGCCCGCCCCAGAGCCACACGCGGCUUUCCUCACCGCGUUUGACGACGUAUCAGGUCUUGGUGCGUGGCAUCGCCGCUGGUUCCGUCUGCAACCACCCAGGCUUGCCUUCUGGAAGUAUCCUGAUGAUGUGCAGAAGAAGAUGCCAAUCGGCGACAUAGACCUAACAACGGUGAUAUCCGAUCGCGUCACAAGAGCACCGAGAGACCUGUGCGCUAGACCGAACACAAUCCUCCUGGAAUCCUCAGUACCAGCCGGGCUCAUCGUCCCGGACACCGGCUCCUUGGUGUACGUGCGAAGUUCCGACGGCUCGGUGAGGAGGCGCCACUUGUUAGCCGCUGAUACACCGAAAGACCGCGACAUUUGGCUCGACAAGUUGAACAGUGCGUUGGAAUAUGUUCGCUGUACGGCUGCUGAUGAAAAAGAAUAGUGUCUACUUUAGCUCUCCUCAAUUUUUUAAAAAAGGUUAAAAGGGUUACGAAGGGUUCCGUACUAUCGUACAAGAUUGUGUACUUUUGUUUUUAAAUUUACAUGGCGGCCAUUUUGAAAUUUUUAUUAUUUGUUAUAGCGGCAAUAAAAAUUAGAAAUAGGUGCAUAAUCUGUGCAAAAUAAAUUUCAACUUUACCUAUUACGGUUCAUGAGAUACAGCCCGCUGAUAGACAGACAGACGGACAUAUGAGGAAGAAGAGUGUAUACUGACUUGUAUCUAACAUUUUGUAUGUUCCGACCUGUAACGUUAGUUUGUAAUGUAUCGUUCGCGGCGAGCGCUGCGUGCCCCAUUUGACUCGGUUUUUCGCGAAUUCCCUUUGAGUUUUACAUAGGUACUUCUUAUACUACUAUUACUUAUACUUACUAUACUUGUAAGUCAGCUCAAGUCGGUAAUCACUUAACAUCAGGUGACCCGCCUCGCUAUUUUUU